UCAGCACGGAGACCUCACAGAACUGCUCAUGAUGCUGCUCUCAGCAGCUGACGGGGCUGUGAGAGAACUUGGAGAGAAUCCCAAGAUACGGAGAGAUCAGCUCUUCCUUCCCACACAGAGGUGUUUGGGUGCCCAGGGCAAAAUUUGAAACUGUGCUUCCCCACUCCAAAAUAAUUACCACUGAAGGGAGGCUUUGGUUGGGGGAGUUGGAGAGUGAGCCCAUUGCAGUGGUUCCUAUCCUAUGGGGCUGGACCCAGCUCUCUACUCAGGGUGUUGCAGCUUGGCACAAAGGUCACAGUGCCACUCAUGUUUGGCCUGGCUGCCCCUGGAUCAUGACAGAGGGGUAGCUGGGCCAAAGUUGAGUGGUGCUGUGACCCUGUACAUCUGAUCACAAUGCUACUGGGUUUGCACAACCCCUGGGUAGCUCUUUUGCUGCUUUGAGCAGAUGUUAGUAUGACAGAUUAACAUGUAAAAUGUUUUUAUUAUGCAUGAUUGAUAGCAGCUUUUUCUUAGUGUUCUAAUGCACUCUCUGCACUCUUGAAUGAUGGGGAGACUUUGAUCAGCAGGAAGAAAGAGGUCCUGGCCCCUUUAAGGGUCCCCCAUCCCUGAGGGUGGAGAGACAGGGUGAUAUCACCUGAGCUAAGGGCCGCUUGAACCUGGAGAAGGUGGGAUCUGUGUACAUGUGUUCCUCCAAACAGAGCCCUCCUUCACUGGGAUCAGCACACAUGUCAUGAGCAGUUAUUCAUUCCAUAGGUGGCAUGGUUUCCUGAUAGACUGGAGUGGGAAGGCAUCCUCUAAAUAAGCUGAGGAAUGGAGGUUGGGACUCCUAAUUUGUGGUACAGCUAGGAGAAAACCCUUUUUCACUAGUCCUCUUAACUGUCAUAUGGGGAAGGGUGGUCGGGGUUCUGGUAAUGGGAUGGGACCAGGUUUGGAGUGGGGGUAGGCUGAUGGCAUUCUUCAAACAGGUGGAAGCAAUUAAGAAAGGAGUGAUAACCUGCACUGUAAUUUGUUAGAUAGUUUCCAGAUGAGUUAUUAACAUUGCAGCCUAGGUAAACCACAUACUUUGCAUCUUGCUUGUCUUUCUGCAUGGCCAGGACAAUGGGUAAACAUUAGCUAUGAUGGCUGUUCCUCCCACAACUAGGCACAUCUGGAUCUUAGAUGAUAGAACAAUCGGGAUCUCCAUUUUCUGUCAGACCGUGACAUUGUUUUAUUUCCAAUAAGUCUUCUCUUGGAAGCUAUAAGGUUCUCCCCAUCCCCCAUUUUUUAAGCUUUUGGAACUCUUAGAUUUCCACCUUACAGGACUACACCUUGUGGCUAUGGUCCUUCUAGCCCAGGAAGACUGGAAACCAUUUAUGAUGGUGGGGUUGCUGUAUAUUUAUACAAGGCAUUGCCUCCCACACCCUUGUUAGAAAAGUGGUCAUCACAGCUUUCUUAGCCCAUGUUUCAGGAGUGGAAGAUCAGGAUUGAGACACCAACUCAGCCUUCCUACAUUGCAAGACAGAGGAUUUCCACAAAGUCACUCAACUAGUCUAAUUUUCUUAUAGAGCCUCUUCCUUCAGUCCUUCCAUUCUCUAAUUGCUCCCUCUUUUCCUAUUGCCCUUUCUCUCCCAACUUUUCUUCUCCAUUUUUCUAAAUCCACCUGCAUAGUUUUGGUUCAGAUACUUGGUAGAUCAGCUGUGCUGUCCAUGUAUUGAGAAAAUCUUGCAGUAACACACAUCUGAUAUAAUACAGAUGCUUAUAAGGAACUGACUUGCUGGCAUGACUUUUAUGUUCCUUUUGAGCUAGGAUCUUUAAAUUUGCUACUCUAAUACAUUAUGGACUGCUGAGUACAGGGAAAAUUACUGCGAAGAAACCAGUCUUACAAUAUUUCAACCAUUCGAGUGCCCUUUUAAGCUACAGUCUUGAAAUAAGGUAUGCAUUUAAUGUGUUCCACUGAUAAUGAGGGGCUGUUGUGGGAAAAACAAACCUGAGAUUUGAAAUUUAUAAUAAUAUUACAAUAAUAAUAUUGUAAUAUUAAUACAAAAUAUAUAUUUCCUUCUGUGGUGUGGUCUUGCAUAUGGAGUCUCAGACUUGAGCAUCUGAGAUCACCAGUGUUGUUUGUUGGAUUUUAGCCAAGAAAAUUGUCAAAGACAUGCCAGUGCACUCCCUGCAAGUGCUGAUGUUGAUAGUCACAGUCACCCAAAAGAUGACUGUUAAUUUUAUAUAAUUGCAUCUGAAUGAUCUGAUGAUAUAGCACACAUGUUUUAUGAUCUCAUCAGAAUCCUGAAUAGCAGUUGUUGCCAGGUGGUCAUGCAUUGUUUGGUAUAACACCACACUACACAGUGGCCACUCAAAGAGGAAAAAGAUUAAGUGUAGAGGGAGAAGGUUUGAAGGAGACCACCAACCACAUCCAAAAGAUGUGGCAUCAGAGAAUAGGACCUCACUAUUAACUAAAGUUUAUUUGUCCAGGCCCAAAAGGGCUUGUCUGUGCCGUGCAGUUAAUUUGCAGGUUUUUGAUGAACAUCAGGUAACUCAUAAUAUAUUCAAGACAAAGUAAUAGCAUGCAUACAGGUUGUCUGUGCUGUCUUUCGGUUCUUAUUGUGUGUAGCAUGGCAGCAGCUGGCUGUGUACUAAACACAUGGUGUUCUUGGUUGGACAUCCUGGGAUCUGUUGCUUUGCUGCUGAGUAGUGUGCAUCCCUGGAUUUUUCUCGCUGUUAAUUGUGGGAUAUAUAGCAGAAGCCAGAUGGGUUCAAAUUUUUAAAAAUCCCAUAUUUCCAUUGCCUCGGCUCCAUUUUUCCUGUCUGGGUAGACUAGUGCCAUUUUCGACUAGUGCCAGUGUGGACCUGACAAUGCUCCAUGUUGCUACUCUAGCAACUGCAAAUAUGUAGAGGCUGCUUGGGCUGUAUUUCACCUCUCAAAGCAGAUGAAUUUGGCUUUGACUCUAUCCACCGCACUGUCAAGCAGAUGAUGUGGUGAUGGCAGUAGCUCCUCCACCAGCAGUUUCAGUGGGGGAGGAAGUGGGAUGAGGACAAAGGGAAAAAGAGGAACAAUUGAUAGUAGAAGAGUGGAUCUUGGAGCAGGUUCACACUGCAGUGCUAUUUUGAGGUUUGGGAAACAAACAUAGAUUUAUGGGAAGACAUCAUUCUUCAGAUCUGGGAUGAUCAACAGUGGUGAGAGAUUACAGGGUGGGGAAGGCAACCUUUUUUAUGUGCUGAACUAACCCGGAGUACGCAGCUGGUGAUCCAUACCUGUGGAGAAGUGGGUUGCCAUUGCCAUCUGGAAGCUGACCAUGCCUGAAUGUUACCACUCCAUAGGCAACCAAUUCAGCAUGGCAAGAUCAACAGCUGGAACCAUUAUCAUGCAGCUACUUUGAAAAUGUCUGAAAAUUCCAGUGACAGUGAUUCAUCUGGUGGCUGGACUGUCAUCAAUCAUGAGGGGUCUGAUAUAGAGACAGUGACCUCUGAAAAUGGAGGAACAAAUAGUAAUCUUGAGUUUGCUUCAGAAGAAUAUGCUACUUUGGUGAAGGAAGAAGAGCAACCAUUUGAUUUGAGAGCUGAAUGCAGCAAAGAUGAUGUGGUGUCAAUGGUAGAAACUUCUCCUGCUGCCUUGGAGGAAACCCAGGCAGUUCCUGAGGCAAAGAAAGAGAAAUUGCCUGAUCAUGGUUCCUGUAUUGGGGCUAAUAGUGAUGAUUCUGACAUUGUUACCCUUGAAACACCUAAAGUAGAAGAAAUUGGAACGCAGGAAGAAGCUGCAAUUGUUGAUGAGGAAGCUCAGGGUUCAGAUGAUUUUAACAUGGGUUCUUCCUCCAGCAGCCAAUACACAUUCUGUCAACCAGAAACUGGUUUUCCACUUCAGCAUAGUGAUGAUGAAUCAAGUAGUGACGAAACAAGCAAUCGAUCCAGUCCCACACUAAGGAGACGGCGUGCAAAGAAGAGGCUAGUCUCCAACUCUGAAUCUGAGGGCGGGACACCUAACGAACAGGACACUGAACCUCCCAAAGAACAGCGACACAAACGCCAAUUCAGUAGUGGCCUGAACAGAUGCAUUAUACUGGCUUUGGUGAUAGCAAUCAGCAUGGGAUUUGGACACUUCUAUGGUACAAUUCAGAUCCAGAAACGUCAACAAUUGGUAGAAAAGACACAUGAAGAUGAACUAAAUGGUAUGAAAGAUAACCUUUACCAGUGCCAACGAGAGCAAGGAGUUAAAGCAGACUAUAAGUCACUAAAACAAGACCUUACAACAUGUCUGAUCUCUACUGAGGUGGAAAAAAAAUCAUUUGAAUCUCAGAAAAUAAGUCUUACUACAGAAAACCAGCGCUUAAGGGUAUCUCUGGAGAGGGAAGAAAAAACUUUGGACUUGCUGCAGGAAGAGUUAAGGAAGCUGAGAGAACAAAUUAGAAACUUAGAAGAUAAAGGUAUUAGUACAGAGUCAGUUGUCAUGGAAAAUAAAAAACUUAAGGUAUAUUUGGAAGAGGAAAAGCAGAAAAUACACAACUUCCUUAAGCAAAAGGAGACACUUUUUGCAGAAGCACAAAUGUUGAGGAGAGAACUAGACAAAGAACGGCAGAUAACUAAAGUUCUAAGAGAAGAACUGGAGCAGUUAAGUUCUCAUCAGAUACCCGGCAACACAGACAAUACAUUAAGGGAGAACGAAGAAAUAGAAACUUUGCGGGGAAGACUAACAGAGCUGGAAAAGAAGCUAAACUUUGAACAACAACGCUCUGAUUUGUGGGAAAAACUGUAUGUUGAAGUGAAGGACCAAACCGAAAAACAGGAAACUAAUAAAAAAGGACAAGAGAAAGAUGGAAAAGGAACAAGACAGACCAAAAAGAAGUCCAAAGAAUCAUUUUUUGGCUCAGUUAAAGAAACUUUUGAUGCCAUGAAGAAUUCCACAAAGGAGUUUGUAAGACACCAUAAAGAAAAGAUUAAACAGGCUAAAGAAGCAGUGAAAGAAAACCUGAAAAAAUUCUCUGAUUCUGUGAAGUCCACAUUCAGACACUUCAAAGACACAACUAAAAACAUCUUUGAUGAAAAGAAGAAGUCUGGUGAUAAAAGAUAUGAGGCAAACAAAAAAGGUAAAACUGUUUUUCGGGAAUAUAAUACUCAUGAGAAUCCUUCUAAGCAUACACACUAUAGAGGGCCUAGCAUGAAAAAAGAAUUCAGAGAAGGAAGAAAACAGAGAUUGACUCCCUUUACAUUUGAAAAAGAUAGUAAUUCACAGAAAUGCAUCAAUAACCCAGAAUGUAACCGAAAACGUCACUCUGUCCUAAAGGGCUGCUCUGGUAUUUUUGAAUGCGCUCAUCAGGAAUUUAUUAGCCUGUUUAACAAAGUACUGGACCCUAUUAGGGCUGAAGAAUUUAAUCAGUUAAUUCAAAAAUAUUUGCAGCAAGAAGUAGAUAGUUUCCAGCACUGGAGAGAACUAGAGAAUUUCAUCAAUAAGUUUUUCCGUAAUGGGAUCUUUAUACAUGACCAGAUGCUGUUCACGGACUUUGUUAGUGAUGUUAAGGAUUAUCUUGAGGACAUGAAGGAGUAUCAAAGUGACCAUGAAGGGAUGUUUGAGGAUUUGGAUAAAUACAUCUACAGAUACUACUUUCAUUAUGAUAAUUCACCUCAGUAUGGACCCAGUCGACCUGCUAAAAGGCCUACUUUCACACAAUCUGAAAGUUCCAGACAUGAAAAACAAACUCAGAAGCACCACCACCGUAAUAAGAGAGAAGGUAAAUGGCAUAACCAUGGUCGUACUAAUGGAAGACACAUGGCAAAUCUUGAAAUAGAAUUGGGGCAGUUACCCUUUGAUCCAAAAUAUUAAGUAAUUUGUAUAUGGUAAAAUCAGGAAGAUAAGCAGAUAAUUUCUAGUGGUUCCUCAAUGGAAACUAAUUGUUUUUCAGCAAAACUGCAAGGUGCAAGUGUUUCUUUAUACAGAUUGAUUUUUACCCUGCUGUUCAAAAGCAUCAGUCAAACUUCCUAACUAGCAUUUUCUCUAGUGUUGCUUUACUGUUCUUUGGAAAUGAUUUUGGUUGUAGUUGUACUGUUAUGGAAACUAGGUAUGUUGUGACUUGUCUGUGAAAAAUAGGCUUAAUUGCAUACCGUUAGUGUAGUUCAAACUUGAAUCAUACGUAAUGUACAUGUAAUUAACAUGGUUUGGUGUACUAACUGCAUCUCGUCCUUCAGAAAGUAGAUCUAAAUUAUGGCAACGCAUCUGUUAAUGUUUUGUAAUCUUAUACUUGCUUCUUAUCUUUUUUGGGGGUUCAAGAGCCUGUUGACUUAUGAAGAAUUUGCUGUGCUGCAUUUUAAUCAGCUUGCUGACAUAUGCACUUGAAAUUUCUUGCCCAUCUUCAUAUUGUGGAAGAAAAAUAAAGAGACGUUGUGGGUAAAA